CCCAUCUUCUACCUCUCUAUUCUGCACCAUGAAGGGCUUUCACAUCGUGGCGCUGCUGUCCUCGGCCAUGCUGCUGGUCAGCGCUGCUCCGGCUCUGCAGCUGGUGACAUGCACCGCGGAGAGUGGAGCUGCGGCUGCACGGCUGGCUAUGCAUCGCAUCAACGAGAACCAUCGCCACGGCUACAAGUUCAGACUCCAAGAGAUCCAAGGCAACAAAGUGGAAAAGGUGGACGACGGCUGUAACCUUGAGCUGCAGUUGAACCUUCAGGAGACGGUGUGCCACGUCGUCAACCCCAAACACUUUGAGGACUGUCAGAUCCGUGGAGAGGCUGAGCGGGCGGUGACGGCUAACUGCACCGUAAAGAUGAGCGUUAAAAAUAAUGACGCCAACGUCACCAAGUAUGAGUGUGACACGCGACAAGUAAAAACCGACGUGGAUGUUCCCGUGCUGGUCCCACUGAACAGCACUGAAGGUCUCAAGUCUGUUAAUGAAGCUGAGAGCAAGUUCAACCAGAACGCCACCAACAAGCACCACUACAUCCUGAAGGAAGUGGGACGGAUCAGACUUGGGUCUGGGAAGGACUACUAUGCUGAGUUUGCCCUUGUGGAAACUCAGUGUCCAAUGGGAAGCAGAAUCAGUAUUGAGGCAUGCAAACCCCUCUGCCCCGACAGAGCUCAUCAUGCUUUCUGCAAGUCAACUUACUUGAAUGCCACCGGCCUCCAGUCAGUCGAGUGUGAAUUCUAUCCCCCAUCGAACACGACUGCCCUUGGCCCUGGUGAGCAAGAGCCCGUAUGCAGGCAUCAUGUGGGUGGCCAUCCUCCCCAUGCAGGCGGUGGCAGACCUCCCCUUGGAUGCAUAUUGCCUCCCCUUGGUGGCGAUGGCAAUCCUCCCCAUGUUGGCCAUGGCCCCCCUCCCACUGGAGGCGAUGGCCAUCCAUCCCGUCCCUGUGGCCCUCCUCACCAUGGUGGCGAUGGCCAACCUCCCCAUGCAGGCGGUGGCAGACCUCCCCUUGGAUGCAUAUUGCCUCCCCUUGGUGGCGGAGGCGAUCCUCCCCAUGUUGGCCAAGGCCCCCCUCCCCACGGAGGUGAUGGCCAUCGAUUCCGUCCCUGUGGCCCUCCUCACCAUGGGGGCGAUGGCCAUCCUCCCCGUGUAGGCGGUGGCCACGGUGACCACCAUCAUGCAGGCGAUGGCCAUCAUAGGCCCCCAUUCGGUUCCAAGCACCACUUGCAUGCCUUCCAUCACUUCCAUCACUGCCGUGGAUCGGACCCAGCUCUCCACCCCAUUUGCUCAUGGCCUCGUCUUUGGAGCCACCCCAGCCCUAGAGGCAAGGAUUGAGCUACACCACACAGCGCUUAGGCAACCAUAACUGCUUGACAGUACCCGAAGAAUUCUUACCAGUCUACGAGAAAUAGAACAUAUUAUUAAACAUGUCAAAUAAACAGUCAUGGUGUAAACUUC